AACAUUUGUGUAAAAAUAAGGGAAGGCUUUGUUGUUUAAACUAUUACAGUGUUACGACGACAUUAACUUUUUUCACUAAGGAACUUCUCUUUUUUUUUCUAUAAACAUGAAGUUGACAUUGCAAUUGUUGGUAUCAUCUCUUUUAAUAUCUCUGUCCUUACAAAAAGGAUUGUACAAAUGGAAAUACAUAGAUUAUGAUUGGAUUAAUAGUAGUCAGGAAAAAUAUUAUAAGGACAACGGAUUAUAUGUAAAAAAUGCUUCGACACCUAUAGAUACAUUAAUAGCAAAAAACUAUACGUUCAUUACCAUACCUCGUUCUCCUGGAGUACCUGCCAGUAUCGGAACGCUUAAUAAGAAUAAAAUAUGCGGUGGAGGUCCUGUAGUCAGACCCUAUCCAAAUUGGGGUUGGGCAGAUAUAAGAAAAAAUUGUAAUGAAACUAUCAUCAGUGUUUACAGAGUGGAAAUUGAUAAAUGCGGUAGAUUGUGGGUAUUGGAUAAUGGAAAGAACGGAGAUAUCACUAUAUGUCCACAAAAACUUGUAGCAUUUGAUCUAACAACUAACAAGGCGGUAUUAAUAAAAGAAAUUCCAAGCAAAUAUGGUGCUAACAGCAAUGGUACAGGAGUUUUAGUAACUCCUCUGGUUAUAGCUAGAGGAAAAGAAUGUCAACACAUAACGGUAUACAUGGCGGAUAUAGAGGGUUAUGGAUUAGUGGUAUGGAGAGGAGACGAUAAAUUUCAAAGAUUUGAAUCGCCAGCUUUCGCGAAAAAUCCAAAAGCCUCGAAUUUCGAUAUAGAUAAUGACAAGUUCACUUUAGAUGAUGGUGUCGUUGGUCUAGCAAUGCAUAUAGGUGAACCCUCUUUAAAAUGCAAAACAUUAUUUUGUAAUUCAUUAUAUUUUAGCUCAUUAACUUCUUACAAUAUGUAUCACGUAUCAGUGGACUCAUUGAAGAGUAGUAAUAGUACAGACCUAAAAAUCAUAAAAGAUAAGGGUAAAGUUAAUUUUCGGAAAGUGUCAUUAGUUAUAGAAGGUCAUUUCAUGUAUUUUUCUGGUAUAGAAGAUUAUACUCUUAGAAAAUGGGAUGUAAGGACUGAAUUCACCAACAAAAAUGCGAAAGUAAUAAAGCAAGAUUAUAAUUUAUUAAAUUUCGUUUCUGGUUUGAAAAUUCAAAAAAUUAAAGGUCAUAAUGAUCACAAUUGUACGCGAAUCUAUGGAUUAUCAAAUAAAUAUGAGAGAACAGCAGUUAAAAAAAGAAAUAUAAAUGAAAUCAAUUAUAACAUAUUUUUGUAUAAUUUGUGCUAAAAUGACGCAUUUGAUUAGGAUUAUCUUUGCUUAUAAUAUUGCAUGAAAGUCCAUGGAUACGGUUGUAUACAUUUUAAAUAUAUUAUAUUAUUUAAACAAUACCUAUA